AAUAGAGCGAGGUACCCGCUACAAUAAUCAUCUUCCCACACAAACGUAUGUAACGGCUUUCUCUAUCCGCUUCCUCAACAACAACACAGCACGAUCCCCAUUCCGUUUCUCUAUACAGAUUCCUCCUCAUUUUUAUUUUCUAAUCUGAUCUGAUAUAAUUCCAUUUUUUGAUACUGAAAAACAAUCAUUAAAGAAGAAACCGCAAGCUUCAUUAUUCAAAAUGUCAUUAUCUGAUUCUGAAUCGUCGUCUCACGGCGGAGCAGAGUAUAAAUUGUUCCGUCAAACCAGCCGCGAUCGUUUAUUGCUUGAAAUGCUUGGAUCAACAAGAAUAGGCGAUUCAAAAUCGACUUGGAAGGUACUUAUUAUGGAUAAAGUUACAGUGAAAGUCAUGUCACAUUCUUGUAAAAUGUCUGAUAUUACAGAUCAAGGGAUAUCAUUGGUUGAAGAUCUUUUCAGGAGGAGGGAACCUAUGCCCUCUAUGGAUGCCAUUUAUUUUAUCCAGCCAUCAAAAGAAAAUGUUGUCAUGUUCCUAUCUGAUAUGUCCGGAAGGGAGCCUUUAUACAAGAAAGCAUUUGUUUUUUUCAGUACACCAGUUUCAAAAGAGUUGGUUAAUCAUAUCAAGUGUGAUACAAGUGUGUUACCUCGCAUAGGUGCUUUAAGAGAGAUGAAUAUGGAAUUCUUUCCUAUAGAUAGUCAGGCUUUUACCACUGACCAUGAUGGAGCAUUAGGAGAACUUUAUGGUGAAAAUGCCGAGAACUCUCGCCAAUUUGAUGCUUGCUUGAAUGUGAUGGCAACUCGAAUCUCAACAGUCUUUGCUUCAUUGAAGGAAUUUCCUUAUGUGCGGUAUCGUGCUGCCAAGACAGAUGCAUCUGCAGCGACAACAUUUCGAGACACAGUUCCUACAAAGCUUGCGACCGCUAUAUGGAACUGUAUGUCAAAGUAUAAAUCCAUUCCUAACUUUCCACAGAAUCCAACGUGCGAGCUGCUUAUACUGGACAGAUCCAUUGACCAGAUUGCUCCUGUCAUCCAUGAAUGGACUUAUGAUGCCAUGUGCCAUGAUUUACUAGACAUCGAUGGGAAUAAAUAUGUGCUUGAGGUACCAAGCAAAAAGGGCGGUGCACCUGAGAAAAAGGAGGUCCUUUUAGAUGAAAACGAUCCAGUAUGGCUGGAGCUUCGCCAUUCACAUAUAGCAGAUGCUAGUGAACGGUUGUACGAGAAGAUGACCAACUUGAAAAAGAACAAAGCUGCACAAAUGCAACAGAAUGCAAGAGAUGGUGCUGAAAUAUCCACCCGAGAAUUGCAGAAAGUUGUUCAAGCUUUACCAAAAUACAAUGAACAAGUUGAGAAGCUCUCUCUUCAUGUAGAGAUAGCCGGAAAUAUUAACACAAUGAUCACAGAAAUGGGGCUUCGAGAACUUGGGCAACUAGAGCAGGAUCUCGUUUUUGGAGAUGCAGGAGGUGUAGAAGUCAUCAACUUCCUAAGGACAAAGCAGGAUGCACCUUCUGAAAACAAGCUACGUUUGUUGUUAAUAUAUGCGUGUGUGUAUCCUGAGAAGUUUGAGGGUGACAAAGCUUCAAAGUUAAUGCAGUUGGCUAAGUUGUCAGAAAAGGAUAUGAAGGCUGUGACUAAUAUGCGAUUGCUUGUGGGAUCAUCUGUUACCAAGAAGACGACCGGCAGUUUUUCACUGAAGUUCACUAACCAGAAGACAAAGCAGGCAGCCAGAAAAGAUCGAACUGGUGAGGAAGAAACAUGGCAGCUAUUUCGAUUUUAUCCUGUGUUAGAGGAACUUAUUGAAAAUCUUAACAAAUGUGAAUUGUCGAAGAAUGAAUAUUCAUGCAUGAAUGAACCGAAUUCGACUAUCCAGUCGGAGACAAAGAAAGGUUCAGCAAGGACGAGUAAUGCUCCUGUUGCACCAAUUGAAAGAAAAGCUCCAGCUCAUUCAAUGAGAUCAAGACGAACUGCAACAUGGGCACGGCCUCAUCAUUCUGAUGACGGAUAUUCAAGUGAUUCAGCCUUGAAGAAUGCAUCCAUGGAUUUGAAGAAAAUGGGGCAGCGUAUUUUCAUAUUUAUCAUUGGCGGUGCAACCCGAUCUGAGCUACGAGUUUGCCACAAGCUUACAGCUAAACUCAGGAGGGAAGUUGUUUUAGGUUGCACUAGUUUAGACGAUGCUCCACGAUAUAUAACGAAACUGAAGAUGCUGUCAGAUGGCGAAGCCCCCACAACUAAUGGCUCGAGGUUUUAAAUAUAGUUACAUAGUAGGCGAUACUCUUCUUACCAUGUGCGUCGAGGCUAUGGACAAUACAGCUAGCAUUUGGUUCUUACUACAGACGAUACUUCUAAGCAAGGCCAGUAUUGUUUCUCCAGAGCAAGUCAGUCAAACCCACUCUUAGUACAAACCUGUAACUAUUGUAGUAGCUAGCAAUAUGGCCUUCUUUUUUCUUCUGUUUACGCCAUGUAUUAAAAAGAUACGAGUGCUUUUGGGUUUUGGGUAAUUGAUGAGGCUUAUACAUUGAAGAACUUGCUAACGAAUUAUCAAAAUUUUAAGGUAUUUUACACUGUA